UACCCACCCACUCUCUGAAUCUCUAUCUCAGCCAACAUGCCUCCCACUCCAGUCAGUCGGACACUGUCCAUCGCAUUGCUCAUAGCAGACACACCUGCCAAGCCAGUCUUGGAGUCAAAGGGCGACUACCUCGCAAUCUACACCACAUGGCUGCAGCGCUCCCUCAAGUCCAUCAAGCGACACCAUUGGCAAGACAAGUUUACUCUAGACAUUCGUCCCUUUGAUGUCAUCAAGGGUCAGUAUCCUUCCGAUGGACAGCUCAAGGAUGGUCUGUGGGAUGCCGUCAUGAUCACAGGCUCCGCAUCGACUGUGUAUGGAGACGUGCCCUGGGUCAAGAAGCUCAGCGAGUGGAUCGUCGACCUUGCAGAGCAACACCCCCUGGUUCGCAUUUGUGGCUACUGUUGGGGCCAUCAACUCAUCGCCCAAGCAUUUGGUGGCAAAGUCAUUGAGAACCCUGAAGGAUGGGAGCUGGGAGUAUAUGACUGCGAGCUUACAGAGGAUGGAGAAGAGGUCUUUGGCUUUACAAAGUGGGAUCUGGAGGAAGAGUCUGCAGGUGGAAAGCUGCAGGAAGUGUCAGAAAGUGGAGAGGCAGAGUCUGAGACGAAGAGCGUGCGGCUACAACAAGUACACAAAGACACAGUCGUAGAGAUGCCAGACGACUUCAAUGGCAGUGCCUUCCUCAAGCUAGCCUCAACUCCCAAAUGCUCGAUCCACUCCCUGGCCCUCAAGUAUGCCACCGACUCUCCUCCAAUCCCAUCAAUAGCGGGCACAUCAGACUUCAUCGCCUUUGAUACCUACUCCACUCCAACCUCUUCUGGCCCUUCGCCACCUCGAGGUCUACAGAUCCUCACCGUGCAGGGUCAUCCGGAAUUUACGACGGAGAUUGUAGAGAUGUUGAUCGAGGCAAAGACGGAGAUGGGUAAUGCGCCCGAGGAGAUUAAGGAGGAGGCAUCCAAGCGGGCAAAGAGGGAGGAUGAUGCGCUGAAGGUGGGAAGGAGAGUGCUUUGUAUGCUGGGAGUGGAAGAGGCAAGAGAAGAGGGAGGCGACUCGAUGUAGAAGAGGCAUGCGAGCAGCGCUCACAGCCGUGAGAAGAUAGAACAUGUAAACUUAUAGACGACGUUACCCCGG